GAACAAGACAACGAACAAACCUCUCGAUCCUAUACACGCACUCCAAACGACUCAAACGUCCAUCUCAAAUCCAUAACCAUGGCACCUAAGGUUCAGCGUAUUGUCGUCCAGAGAGGUGAUUCGCGCCGUUCAGCCCAGCAGGGCUAUUUCGCAAGUGCAUACAACACCUUGACCUCGGCCGAGAAUGCCACUGUUAUAAGGAGCAUCGCCAUGUUCGGGGCCGCCGUCGCAUUCUUCUCUAGUUCUUGGAGCGAGUUCAUUUUGCCACCUCUGUGAGCCGGUGGACGGGUUUAGGUGGCGGGAUAGUGAGAAGGGAAUGUGCUGGCAUAAUGUCCGAAGAGCAAAUUG